AAGCUACUCUCUGGCUGUCAAACCAUCAUGUAAAGUAUGCAAAGAUUUUGUCCAAGCCUUCAACAAAAGGAUGGACGACACAGCCAAGUCAAACUUUGCUGAUGGGGACACGAAUUGGGAGGAGGAGAAACUCGCCUCCUACGCUAACAGGUAGCCUCCGUCUAAUUGCACUCACACUCUCAAAAAGUUGUCUUGCAGUGAGGUUCGAUUGAUCGAGAUGCUGGACGAACAUUCAAAUUAUGAUUGCCAUCGACUGCUGGAGAAUUAUGAGGAGGACAUUGAGAGAUGGUGGUUCAAGCUGAGACAUAAGGAGGAGGGCUAUGAUGAUCUAAAGCAGUGGUUGUGCUCAACUAACCUUGAUGGCCAAGUGCCUUGAGUGGCUUCUCAAGACGGUGAAGAAGAGGAACGAACAGUCGGAAGUGACGGAGAUACUGGAUGAGUCCGGUGUGACCCCCGCCCACUUUGCAGCACAGGGAGGACACCUCGACUAUCUACAGCUGCUCAUGGACUUUGGCUACAGCAUGGUCCACACGGACAGGGAGAACCAGAAGCCGGUAGAUUGGGCCGAUGCUAUGGGUCAGAAUAUCUGUGUCCGCUAUCUCACGAUGUACGAGACUUGUUGGGCACUCUCCGGAGAACUGACACACAUGGCCGAGCAGCUCGCUAUUGUACAGAAGGAGAAUGGACAGUUACGAGAUGCAUUCUCCAGUCUAGAGAAAGAGCAUGAAUCUGCCAUUACUAAACUGCUGACUAGUCACGAGGAGAGACUGACUAAGAUGAGGGAACAUCACGUCGACCUCAUGGCAUCAAUACUGCACAUGAACCAGGACACUCCGCCCACUGGAGGGGGAGGGGCUACUACACCAUCAGCCAAUAAGAACAGGGGUCAAGUAUCUGUGCGGAAGGCGCCCCCUGAACCACCCACUAUCCCUAAAUGAUCCUCCAAUCGUCCCCCUGUACCCCCGGAUCCUGCUGCUAAUAAGAGGUCACGAGGGUCAAAGGACAGAGGUCAUGAGGCGGCAGAUAAAGGGGAGGACCAUAAUACCAUUGACUAUCGAACAGCCACCCCCCAAGAAGUGUUAGAGUGAGUGAAUAGUAUAAAUUAAUGUGCAGGUAUGUACUACAUGUACAUGUCCCCCGUUUAAUCAAUUGGUUAGUGGACUCGUUCAGUCGCCAUAACUUGAAUUCCGUGGAUCCAAUUUUAUGAUUUUCCGAAAGCUUAGAAAAAGACUUUUCAAAUAGUACCAGAUAUUUGGGAGAUGACAGAUUUAGCACGAUACCAUGUAAUAAUAUCCCAGGGUUCAAAGUUGAAUUAUGACCACAUCUAAAUAUUGGAUUGAAAUGUAUCAUUUGAAAGGUCUCUUUCUAAGCUUUCAGAAAAUCAUCAAAUUUUUGAAAUCGGGGUCACGGUACUAAAGUUAUGGCUGCUGAAAGAUGUUCAACUGCUGCAACAUGUCCUUGCUUGAAUUAUAACUAGUGUACCUAUACACACACUAUGACUGCACCCCCCCCCCCACACACACACACCACACACACACCUUCCCACCACACACACACCACACACACACACACACACUAUGACUGCGCCCCCCUCCCACCACAUCUGCUGGUAUACAUGUAUGCAAGCUAGUCCCAGCCCAUUCUCCACUUCAAAUCCUCACCAUAAUUUGUAUGUGAGUUUCCAUACCACCAAGAGUAGAUAAGAGCAUCUACCAUUGAUACCACCUUAUAGCGGGGAAUUGUCGAGGGUCUCGAAGAUUAGCCAGAAAAUAUUAGCCCUAAAAAGUACCAUACAAGUUCUGGAAGCCAUCAUUGCUCAGGAUGUUGUUAGAAUAGCAACAUUCUAUGGUGAUUUUGUGUAAUGAUAAGGAUUUUAGGACACCCCACACACACACACACACACACACACACUACUAUCUUGACUAAUGCCUUGUGCUAAUUUCUAAGAAGAGGUUGAUUGUGCUUGCCACCACCUAUAGAAGAACCACAUAGACCCAUCCCCAUUAUCAGAUACUAUACCCCCACAAAACCACCUAGCCCAGACAAUACAGGCCUGUUCCUAGGCCUUAUAAAUUAAGCCUCCCUCAAGGUCAGAUUUAGCCACACACACACACACACACACUACUAUCUAUUUAUUUUGACUAAUGCCUUGUGCUAAUUCUAAGAACCAAAAUUAGAUUGUUUUGUGCUUGCCACCUAUAGAAGAACCACAUAGACCCAUCCCCAUUAUCAGAUUCUACCACCACAAAACCUGGCCCAGACAAUACAGGCCUGUACCUUAUAAAUUAAGCCUCCCUCAAGGUCAGAUUUAGUUGACACAAGCCAUGCACAAGCUAAGUUAAAGUAUUACAGCAGCCAAUAUCAAGUCUAAGAUAAGUUCUAUACUUUAUGUCAGCAUUACCUCCAAUGUGAAUAUAGCUUACAAUCAGCAUGGCCCCAAGUGAGUAGCUAACAAUAAUUAUUGAGUAUACUAGUCGUUCUGAAUGCAACAGAUGAAUGGGGAGGGUUGGUGCACCGUUAAAGACUCUUUAACCCAUCAUUCUCGACUCUCAAGGUCGGGCAUCUGAUUGCUUUUUUUCUACCAGUAUGGUUUUGUGCUGUUUGUUCUUUUGUUUCCUUUUUUUUUUCUAUAGUCCCUUAACUAUUACUGAAGAGCUUCCCAAAAUAAUGUAGACACACUGUGAUAGACUAUAUGCAAAAUAACCUAGAUACAGAUCGGAUUGCAUUUAUAACUUUGAGCUGUUUCUAAGUUUUAGGCUGAGUCAGUAAUUAUGUGUCGGAAAGCCCGAUCCCACCCCCUAUACUUCUGUAUAUACCAUUCUCAAACACACACACACACACACACACACACACACACACACACACAGGAUGAUAUUCUGCCAACAGUGCACUUCACAAAGCACCCAGCUGCCCUCCUCAAAGAAGUUGGUCAGAAUCUGUGACAGCUGCUUCCUGGACUUGAACUGAACAUAAUUUACACACUUUGUUUUUGUAUAAUUAUACCUCAUUCAUUGUGUUGUCCUCAAGUGAUAAUUUGAUACAAUUAUUGACUGUGGUCUACAAUUUUGGACAUUAAUUAUUACUAUUUGUCUGUUGUUCUAUUGGUGCUAUAAAUUGUCA